AUGGAGGCGCUGAUGGCCUCAUACGGAUCGGACUCUGAUUCCGACGACGCCUCGCCUGAACUGUCCACUGCUGUUGCCGCCAGGGCGGGAACAGAGGGACUACGUUCCCGAGAUAUACAGAACGCUCCGGAGAUCACACCGUUACCGCCGCCUCCGGUCGACCUUCUCGACCUCCGUUCUUCUAUUGGUAAGCAUGUGAAACGCCGCUCCCUCCUCUGUAUUGACCCCUUGAUGCUGUUGCUUUCCCUUUCUCUAGGUUGGCUUCAGUUUUUGAUGAUCCUUAUGAAACUCCACUCCCUAUUUCUGUGAAUUGUAAUCGCGGUUGAUGUAAAGUGUAUAUUCAAAGUCCUCCUUCUAGGUUAUCGUAAAACAUGUGGUUGCUGAUCAUUAACCGGUUUGGAGAUGAGGACGAAAGUGGAAAAAACAGAAUCCAUGUUAACAUUGUUUGUAUGCCGUCACUCGUUCAGAUAACAAAAAGUAUCUUCAUUAAUGCUCCACUUUCUUCGUGCUCUAAAAAUCCAGUCCUUUGGACUGCCUUCCCCAAGAGGAUGAAUUCCAGCCAUUGAGGGAACCUCUAAAAGGAAAAAACAAAAUAGAAAAAAAAAUUGGGUUUCUUUAUUUUUUCUUCCUCCUUGCAUCUUAGUUGGCCUUCUUGUACGAAGCCAUCCAAUUAUUUAGAAACUAACUGCCGUCUUGUCUUUAAGUUGAAAGCAGGUCUCAACUGCUCACUAAAAGGUCAUAGUAUCUAAAAUUUAAGUUACCUAAGACAAGCUACAUCUAAAAAUUUGCAUAUUUCGAGAAACUGCACCUGAGAAAGAAAAGUGGCAACCAUAUAUGAUAAAAAGGAGAUUUGGUUCUCUUCUUAAAUCACUUAUCUUAUGGUUAACCCUUCUCUUUUGCUCUUGGCCCAAUAGAUUCCACCAAAAUAUCUUAGUAUUUUGUCACUUACUUAACUAUGUGAGAGAUAACCGAGUUAACUAUUAUUGAGAUUGGCUAAUAUUUAACUCGAUUAAAGAAAGACAAACCCUCAGGCCAUAAUUUAUCUUCUCGCAAUGUUGAACACUCACAUCUUCUCCAUCACACCCUCCACAUGAUCCCUCCGUUCCCCAACACAGGCAGCAGCCUCAAACACCAAGAAAGAGCUCAUCUCCUCUUUCUAAUUUGGGUAUAUUAUUGUGUUUAAUUGGCAGUAAACGGAACUAUCCGAUAGGAAUAAAAUAUGAAUAUUCGACGUAGUUAAUGAAAAGGGUUGAAUUCCAAUUUAGCAUGGUUUGUAAUGGCCAAUCGGUUAAGUGAUAAAAGGUUGUUUGUGGGUUUUUCCUGAAUCCUUAUACUUGAAACAGGUUUUGGUCUGUUUUCAGGUUACUCCCCACCUCUUCAGGCAAAUCGAGUGAGAAGCUUCCCACAUGUCGAAGGAAAUUAUGCACUUCAUGUCUUCAUUCCAGGUCAUGCUUAUUUCUUACUUCCCAUAUUUCCUCAAUUCUGUUUAAUACUUUGGAUGACUUAUUUCCAAAUGAAGUUCUCAGCGAGCUAUUCAUUUUCUGGUACAACUAGCCUCAGUUUUCUUCCUUUGUGAUAUAUAUUGAAUGCUUUGUAAUGUCGCCAGGGAUCAACAUGAAGUUAACAUUUAUUAUUUCUCUAGUCAUAUAGCUUGUGCAUUUCAAAGAUUGAUUCCUCAAUUCUAGAAAUUUGAUAUCCAGGGUUGGAUGAUUGUCUGCAUAAGUCAGGAAGCUUGGUUGCCUUGUCUGCAUAUGUUAUACAGGAAAAAUGGCUGUUAAUUUUUUAUUCUUUCUUGAAUAUAUAUUGUUAUUGAAGAGAAACGUACAUUCCAGGCAUGUAGGUAAGAUGAUUAUCAAAAUCUGUUCUUUAGCAAUGGCUCUGAUUGUGUGGUCAUGAAAGCGAACUAUUUUAAUUUGGGCUGUGAUAAUUUAUGGAACAACGAGUUCCAAUAAGAAUCAAUUUAAUGAUAGAUGCUCAGGGGAAGAGGGGAUAACAUACGCAUUGGACCUACAGUCAUGAUGUGAAGCAGUUCAAAGAAAAUCGUGGUGAAUAAUACUUUUAUCCCUUGGUAAGACUACUUCAGAGCUGAAAAGAAGGACAUAAAAGUUCAAUGUUAUAGUUUGAAUUUAAAGCAGUUAAAGCAAUGCAGAGUAGUUGUGGACAUGCGUGGCUAUCUAAUUGUAAGGAGGGGUCCUCAUAAUUUAGGUCAGGGUGGGAAGUAACGUUUAAACCAUGCUUAGCAGCAUGCAAGAGGUAUGUCUAUGUGAUUUAUGAUUUACGUAUCUUCUAUCAUUGAUUGCAUUCUUCAAGUGUUCGUACUUUCACUUCUUCCUAUGUCCUAAAAUUUUGCUAAUUGCUCAGUUCCUGGAAUGAGAUUGUUGAAUGUAGAUGACUUUUCUCAUUUGUUUUGCAGUCAUAAUACCACCCACAAGAAGGAAACAAAUCUCAUCUUUCGUCAUAAGUAUUGCUUCCAAGGUUCCUAAUCUUUUUGCCAUUGAUCUUGAUGUUCCCCUUGACAUUCUGUGCAAAGAAAAUGAAAAGAUUGAACAAACUUUGGGAAUGGAAUUCCACAUCAGUUUGGGAAGAACUGUUCCAAUUAAAGUCCAUCAGAUUGACUCCAUUGUCACAAUGCUACUUCAAAGGCUACAAGAUCAAAGACAGUGAGAACCCAUGCUUUGGAUAUUGUUGCCUUAAAUAUGAGCAUUUGGUUUUAUCUUUUUACAUCAAUGUGACUGGAUAAUCUUUCAUCCUAUAUUUCACGCAGAUACUGGAUAGAGUUCAGUCGGUGGGAGGUAUUUGUGAAUGAUGAUCAGACACGAACCUUCCUCUCCCUGGAAGUUGACGGAGCGGGGUUAUCUGAGGUGUGUGAAAGCUGUUUUAUAUGGAUUUUUUUUUUAAUUUGGUACCCUAAAUGCCCAUUACCCUUGUAAAAUUCCGUAAAUUUUAAUUCUAAUGAAACAUUUACACAGAGCCGUUGUUUCUUUUAACAAAAAAGUUGCGAUAUGGUGGCUAUUGUUAAUCUACAUUUUUUAUUUCCUCUGGCUUUUUAUUACAAGACGCAGCUUUUGGUUCUUAAAACUGCAUCUGUAAAGGAGUUUUAUUCUAAUGACGCGGGAUGCUAUGUUUUUCAUCCUUUUAUAUUUUCGCGAUUAACUUCCCCAGAUCAAUAUUUAGUUUGGGUUUUUUUCAAGUUUUUCUCUCGGAUUAUAUUAUUCCUUUGGCAGCAGGAGAAGCUGCUACUCUCCUCAAAUCUUUCCUUCACUAACUUAUGUAUGGGCAUUUGCAGAUCAGUAGGCAGAUUCAGAUCAUCAAUGAUGUCUAUAGACUACAUGGUCUACCAGAGUUUUACAAGGUUGUAUUUCCCUUAUCUUUCUCAAAUCAGUCGUAUUCCAACCCACCCCAGGGUUUCACAUUUUGGUGGAUAAUGUUUUUCAAAGUAGGACUCCACUGAAUAUCCUUUUCUGCUGGGGACGACUUUUCCUAUUCCGCAUUCAUCCAUUAAAUGUUUGAUCGGUCGUUUACAUGUAUAGGAUAUCCGAAGUUUUUUUUUUUGAUGAACAAGUGCACAGAUACUGGAAAAUCUCAUUUUCUAGAAUCAUUGGGUUUAACAUAAUCUGUUGGAAUUUCGUAUAAACUGGGUUAAAUCCAUAAAAGCAGCAAACCUCAAUCCUAAUGUUGGGUUAAACAUUAAUUCAAGCUGCGUGAAAAUAUUUCAUUAUUUGAUGAACUAUCUUUUAGAUAUGUUGCAUCUAUUCUAGGCGAGAGGACCCGUUUUUUUUUUUUUUUUCCGCUAAUCCCCCCCUGGUGAAAAGAUCAACAAGAACAUAGAUGAGGGCACUUGGCAUUUAACAGGGCCUUCUUGUAUGAACUCUAUGUUAUUUGUAGAAUUAUUUUGAAGCAUUCUUGGACUGCUGGAGCUCAAUCAAUGCUGAAUAAGUACCUGAUUUUUGUUGCCCGAGCCCAUUGAUUCUUUGCCCUAUCUAUACAUGAAACUGUUGUAUUGAGAACUUUAAUCUACCUUUCUUUUUUCCGUGUACUCAUAGCAAUUAUGUCUCUCUCUCUCUCUCUCACACACACACACACACACACACACACACACACACAGACACACACAUACACUCUAAUUAAUUCAUUCUGAACAGGAUCCACGGCCGCAUAUCUCACUGGCUUGGGCACUGGGCGACAUCAGUGGUGCCCUCUUGCAGGCUGCCAGGGUGCACGACAGAUCGGCCCCCAAUCUCGAGUCCUCGCAGAAACAUGUCUUUACGUGCAAAUUUAGCGGGAUCAAAUGCAAAAUCGGUAAAAAGUCAUACGACGUUUGCAGAUUUCCAAUUAGCCGUUGA